AUGGAUACUAACAAGAUUCAUCAAAGUGGAGGUUUAGCCUCCCACAAGCACCACAACUCGCCGGAAAACGCAGCUAUGAUGCACAUGACCUUCUACUGGGGCCCAGACGUCACUCUGCUAAUCGAUUCAUGGAAAACCAACUCAUGGUUCAGCUACUUCCUCACCUUAAUCGUCUGCUUCCUCUUCGCCGCCUUCUACCAGUUCAUGGAAGAUCACCGCCUUCGAUUCAAGCUCCUUUCAUCCUCACAUACCGCGGUUGGAGACGUCGAGAAUGUUCCACUUCUGUACACCAAGCUUUUCUCCGACCGUAGACGAGCCAGGUUUGCCGGAACUGUACUCUUCGGGAUAAACUCCGCCGUUAACUACUUCCUGAUGCUUGCCGUGAUGUCGUUUAAUGGAGGUGUGUUUGUGGUAAUAGUCGUUGGGCUGGCCGUCGGAUACCUGUUGUUUAGGAGUGGCGAUGAUGAGCUAAUUCUUGUUGAUGAAGAUCCUUGCGCUUGUGGUUGA